UCCGGUGUCACCGCUUCGCCUUGCAGGUUCGUCCCAGACCCCCGGGCUGCCCAGCCUACCUGGCCAGCUGCCCACCGGGGUCAGCGCGCCGGGCCCGGUUUCCGCUGCCUGCCGCCGACCUCUUAGCUGCAGUGCGGGUGUGUUUCCACUGUUAGAGGUGAAGCAGGCAUCCUAGGGACUUCCAGGGUGCGUUCUCCUUUCCAGCAAGGGGAUGCUCGCGGGCCCGCAGAAUGAAACAUGACUGAGGAUUCCCAGAGAAACUUCCGCUCAGUAUAUUAUGAGAAAGUGGGGUUUCGUGGAGUUGAAGAGAAGAAAUCAUUAGAAAUUCUCCUCAAAGAUGACCGCCUGGAUAUUGAGAAACUUUGUACUUUCAGUCAGAGAUUUCCUCUGCCAUCCAUGUACCGUGCAUUGGUGUGGAAGGUGCUUCUAGGGAUCCUGCCUCCCCACCAUGAGUCCCAUGGCCAGGUGAUGAUGUAUCGUAAGGACCAGUUCUCGGAUGUCUUACACGCCUUGAAGGUAGUUCGCUUCGUCAGUGAUGCCACGCCCCAGGUUGAAGUCUUUCUCCGCAUGUAUCAGCUGGAAUCCGGGAAGCUGCCUCCAAGUCCCUCUUUCCUUCUGGAGCCAGAAGAUGAAGUGUUUCUCGCCAUUGCUAAAGCCAUGGAAGAGAUGGUGGAAGACACUGUGGACUGUUACUGGAUCACCCGCUGCUUUGUGAACCAACUGAAUACUAAGUACCGGGACGCUCUGCCCCAAUUGCCAAAGGUGUUUGAACAGUACUUGAGUCUGGAAGAUAGCAGACUGCUGGGGCAUCUGAACACGUGUUCUGCGAUGUCCAAGCUUCCUUAUGAUCUCUGGUUCAAGAGGUGCUUCGCAGGGUGUUUGCCCGAGUCCAGUUUGCAGAGGGUUUGGGAUAAAGUUGUCAGUGGAUCCUGUAAGAUCCUGGUUUUUGUCGCUGUAGAAAUUUUAUUAACAUUUAAAAUAAAGGUGAUGGCACUGAACAGUGCAGAAAAGAUAACAGAGUUUCUGGAAAAUAUUCCGCAGGACAGCUCGGAUGCCAUCGUGAGCAAGGCCAUUGACUUAUGGCACAAACACUGCGGAACCCCGGUCCACUCAGCCUGAUCGUUCCCUGUAGUCACGGACAGCCUGCCAGGCCCAGCCUGCACAUCCUGGUUUCGUCACCAAAU